UUGUAAUGGAUGCGCCCAUUGAAACAAACUAUCUUGUUAGACAUUAUAACAUAAAUAUUGUUUUUCUUUGUUGCUGAUCUGUGACAGUCUAUUUUUGAUAGUUAAUUAACCAGAUGUAAUGGCACAGACGUUUAGGAAAGCAUUUUCUCUUCCGAAUUAUGAUGUAAUAAGAUGGUUUCCUGGUCAUAUGGCCAAGUCAAUGGGACAAAUGCAAUCACAAUUGAAGAAUACAGAUUGUGUGAUUGAAAUACACGAUGCAAGAAUUCCAUUCUCAGGAAGAAAUCCUAGAUUUAGUGACAUGAUUGCACUUAGACCUCAUAUACUUCUGUUGAACAAAUUUGAUCUAUGUAACAAGGGACUGAAGGGAAAAGUUACAGAUAAGCUUCACAGCAUGGGUGUUGAAAAUGUUCUUUUUACAAAUUGUUUAGAAUUCAGGACAAAGGAAAUACAAAAAGAGUUAAUGCCUAUGAUAUUUAAUGCAAUUAAUUCAAGACCUAGAUACAGUAAAAGUGUUGACUAUAAUGUCAUGGUUAUUGGUGUCCCAAACACUGGCAAAUCAACCUUUAUAAAUGCCUUCAGAAGAAUGCAUACUACUAGAAAGAGAAAUGUGGCUCAAACUGGAGCAAUAGCAGGAAUAACCAGAAGUGUUAAUAAUAGAAUUAAGGUACAUUUUGAUCCAGACAUGUUCCUAGUAGACACUCCUGGAAUAUUGACACCUUAUAUUCCUAACAUUGAUUCUGGAAUGAGACUGAGUUUAUGUGGUUGUUUACCUGACCAUCUUGUAGGGGAACAUUAUAUAGCAGAUUAUAUGUUAUAUUGGUUGAAUAAACAAAAGAAAUUUAGUUAUGUUGAGAAGUUUGAAUUGGAAGGACCUACAGAUAAUGUCAUGUCAUUUUUGUCACACAUUGCCAAACAGCAAAACAUGGUAAAGAGGAUUAAAGAUAUUAAUAAUCCUCAAUUUCAAAAUGCUUUAAAACCUAAUUUUGAGCAAGCUGCUCAGUAUGCAUUAAAAAUAUUUAGAAAAGGUCAGCUUGGAAACUUUACAAUUGAUUCUGAUUUGUUAUGAUAAAUUGCUCAAUAUUACAUGUAUGUUCAACUGUACGAGUAAUAUUAAAUCAUUUACCAUGUUUACAAGCAUGUUAUUAAAUUUUUACAAACAUUUGA